AUGUUUUUUAUAAUCACCUCUCUUGCAGACUGUAAUGUUUCCCUGGACCUGGCUAGCAAGCUGCUGGGUGUGGAUCCCUCAGUGCUAGAGAAAGCUCUAACAUUCCGCCGUAUUGCUGCCUCCCACAGCCGCAGACAGAGUGUCUUCCAUAAACCAUGUAAUGAGCAGGAGGGGAGGAGCAGACGAGAUUGUCUGUCUAAGACCCUUUAUUCCAGGUUAUUUGACUGGUUAGUUUCCUUCAUCAAUGGAUGUAUCAAAACCAAGGAACUGUACAGUUUUAUAGGGUUGCUUGAUAUCUAUGGUUUUGAGAGCUUCAUAAACAACAGCUUGGAGCAGCUGUGCAUCAACUAUGCCAAUGAGAGGCUUCAGCAGCACUUUGUGGCACAUUUUCUGAAAGAACUGCAGGCUGAGUAUGUUAAAGAGGCAUUGCCAUGGACACAUACAGACUUUGUGGACAACAGACCAUGUGUGGAGCUACUUGAUGGGAGUCUGGGAAUCUUCUCACUGCUCAUAGAGGAAUGCAACCUCAAUAGACCAUCCUCUGUCAAAAUGAUCUGUGAUCGGAUUUUUACCUCGGCACGAAGUCACCGUCACUUCCAGCAGCCCAAGAAAGACCUUGAGAACCCUUGGUUUGCUGUGAAGCACUAUGCAGGGACGGUACAGUACCAAGUCAGUGGACUGGUGGAUAAAAAUAAGGACAAUGUUCCAGCAGAACUGGUGGACAUGUUGAAGAACAGUGAUAAUGACUUCAUAGCCUCCUUGUUCGCUGACUUUGAAACAGAUCAACCUGGCAGGAAAAAGAAGACUGUUCUUGCUAAAUUUAAGAGUUCUUUGGAUGCAUUGAUGAAAACCCUGAACAGCACAGAAUGUCUCUACAUCCGGUGUAUAAAACCAAACCAGCACUGUGAGGCAGGCCACUUUGAUGGCCAGUAUGUUAUAACGCAGCUGGAGGCCUGUGGAGUGAUGGAGACAGUGGAGAUCAGUAGGAAUGGAUAUCCAGCAAGAAUUCCUUAUGACAAGUUUGUACAGAAGUUUGGAAUAAUCAUCAAAAGUGAGCCAACUCAUCUGGUCUCUCUGUCAUCCCAGUCAGAAUCAGACCGAGACACAGAGAAGGAGAAUGACCUUCUGUUUGACCCUCUGGACAAACUGUUUAAGAAGCAGCUGUCCCUGCUGGAUACCCCCAAAAAGAGUGGCACCCCUAAAAAGAAACUUCGAAGAAGGACAGGCCUCUCCAGCUCUGAUCAUACUAGAAAGUGCUGUGCUUCUGUGAUGAAGAUUGUUUUUGGUUUUCAACCAAACUUGAGCAAGCAGUUUGGCAGGACCAAACUCUUCUUGCAAGAUGGCCAGCUGGAACAGUUAGAGGCUGCCCGGUGCAAACUUCUGAGCAGAUAUGCCUUUACCAUACAGUGUGCUUGGAGGAGGUACCAAUGUAAAAAGAGGAAAUCCAUCCUGAAGAUACAAGCUGUUAUGAGAGGCUGGCUGGUGAGACGAAAAUGGCAGAAAACCCUAGAUGCCGUCAGGACAAUACAAGCAGCUUGGAAGCUAUGCAAGGCAAAGAGGGUACAAGCCAUGUGUAGCCAAACAGGGGCCAUCACUGAUAUUGAAAAGACAUCCCCCAAAACGCCAGAAGAGCAGAUGGUAUCUCAGAACACUAACAACGUACACUCUUACUCAGUGCGUGAGUGGAGGCCCUGUGAUAAAGAUGUCAGACAUGAGAACAUGCUGCCCUCUCCCAGGCUGGUGAAGUCUUUACAGGACCUCAGUUUGUCAGUGGGGUUACCAAGACUGAGCCAUGUUGAGACACAGGAUGGCAUUGUGUCUUUUAGAAGAAUGCCUAGGGUCCACAUAAAAUUCCACACUAAACCAAAUAAGGUGCUCAAGUAUGCUCACUUCAUCAGUCAAAAGGAAUUCCUGUGUAGCUUGACAGACUGUCUUCCUCAGUAUGAUCCAGUAUAAACAAAUAUGUACAAUGUGGAACUGUGAAAUAUCUUCUUUUUUAUUUUUUUUCUCUAUGUCAAUCAUUGCAUUUGAUAAAGAAAAAAUGAUAAAUAUGUUAUUGCAUAUCAUUCUGCUUAUUCCAGAUGGUGAAAUUGGUUGUAAAUACAGUAAUCUUAUGCUAAAGUAGGAUUGAGUUAAGUGCAAUUUUAAAAGAGAUAUUACUAGAUAUGGGUGAUGGUAUUGGUAGUAUCUUGUACCAAUUGAUAAGGUGUUGUCACUGCUGUGUAGCUAAAUUCCUGUGAUUAGUAGAGAUUAAUUACAUUUGUUGACCUUUUAGUUUGUAAGAUAUUUGAAAUGUGUUAUAGUAAAAUGUAUAUUUUAUUUAUUUCAAACCAAUACAAAUAUGCCAUAAUUAUAUCAA